CAUUCUGAAGUGUUUUCAUGUGCUUCCUGUUGGGAUACUUCACAUACAAAAUUCAUGGCUUGAUAACAUAGAGAUACAAAGAUUAUAAUUGCAGACAUAAUUACACACGCUCAAAAUGAAUUACAUGCCGGGGACAGCGAGUCUCAUCGAUGAUGUCGAUAAGAAACACCUUGUACUGCUCCGUGAUGGAAGAACGCUGAUUGGGUAUCUCCGAAGCAUUGACCAGUUUGCCAAUCUAGUAUUCCACCAAACUGUGGAGCGCAUCCAUGUGGGGAAAAAGUUUGGAGAUAUUCCUCGAGGAAUAUUCAUUGUGAGAGGAGAAAAUGUUGUCCUUCUCGGAGAGAUAGACAUGGACAAGCCAUGCGACACAGUAUUACAGCAGGUGUCCAUAGAGGAGAUCUUGGAGGAGCAGCGAUCGCAGCAGCAGGCCAAGCAGGAAACGGACAAGGUGAAGAUGCAAGCCCUGAAGGAUAGAGGCCUGUCCGUUCCCAAAGCAGACAAUCUGGAUGAAUACUGACACUACCUUAAUUGCUCUUAGUUUUGGUUGGACUCAUCGGUUUCAAUGCUGAAUGCAAGGUCGUUUUUGGCAAGAAGAUGGUGUGGUUGGAUGCUACACCCCUCACACCAAAUAAUGUACUUAUCUCAUUUUACCGGUUCUAGAGAGAGAUUUAUAAAGCAAUCCUUUUUCUUUCAAGUAUGUGUUGAAACAGAAUUUAAGGAUUUUCGGGGCGUACCUAACUAAACUGAGUUAGUCCACAUUUGAUGAUUAUGUUAAAAGAAUAUAUCAUUUUCUUAUCUCAGCACUUAAAACAUUUGUCACUAUAGGCCUAUGACUUCAUAAUGAUGGACUAUCAUUUUGAGAUUGUGUAAAAUGAUCAAACUGUAAUGGUCAGAUUUCUUUUCGAUUAAAAUGAUUUAAUUUUU